AUGAGUGAUCCCAGUAGUGAAGAGGCUUGGGAGCGACUUAUGGUUGAGAGCCUCUUGAAACUGUCGGGCGAGCACAGCGUGACACACCAUGAACCCCUUCAGCCAGUAGUGAUGCAGCCCGUCAAGCCCCGGACUUUUCCAGUUCAGGGCCCUACGGACCGCCUCAGCUACGUCAUCUGGCGUUAUGAUGACGGGGCCAUGGGCUUAAUACCCGCACACUGCCUCGCCACAACUUCCGUCCAAGGGCCCUCGUUGUGGUUUACGGGCUCUGACCACAGGCUGCGCCAGAAUGCGACCGUGUCGGCCUGA